AUGGCUUCAAGACCAACAACAACCCAAGCACUCCAUAACGGUUUCACUGAAAAAGCAUUGGAAAAUCCAAGCGCUCAAGCCAUCUCGAGCUGGGAUGGAGACUGGACGUACGCCGAACUAGAUCUUGCUGCUACUCGCCUGAGAAAAUAUCUUGCACGUUUGCAAGUCCAUGAGUCGAAAUCUUGCACAGCCCUGUUCUGUUUUGAGAACUCAUCUACCGGGAUUAUUGCACUCCUUGCGAUUUUGAAAGCGGGACUUACAUGUGUUCCCAUUAGUCCUGGAAUCAAUUCACAGAGAAAAUUCGACAAAGUUGUCAAAGAGACAGAUCCCCAGCUUCUCUGCGUUUCAGCGGCCUAUGGCAAUAGAUACACCGACUUCAAUGGGAAGACUGUAAUUGUGAGCCCGGAUCUGUUACUUUCUCUUGAGAUUCCCGAUCAGCAAUCAGAAUGCCCAUCCAUGAGCAAGAACGAUGUCGCGUUCAUCCAAUAUACCGACGGGGUGACAGGAUCACCCAAAGGUGUGAAGCAAGGGCAUUCGGGUUUGCACACUGGAAUAUUAGCCCAUUGUCAGGAAUUGGGAUACGACAACGAUUCAAGAGUACUGCAUUCAAAUCCAUACAAUACAACAGUGGGAAUCUCCGAAGUGUUUGGGACAUUGUUUCACGGCGGAUGUGUGAUUAUCGUUUCAGAAAUGGAAAGUCCAGCACUUUUCACUGAGAUGAUCAAUGAGAAAGACGUCACCCACGCAUGUUUCACGCCUACCGAGUCCAGAAGUCUAGAGCCCAUGGAUCUUUGGCAACUUCGCACUGUUACAUUUGCGGGUGAAGGGUUCACGGCAGAGGAGAUCGAGAAAUGGGGCCUGGAAACAGAAUUGAUAAGAACGUACGGGACUGUUGAGACCUGUGUCCCCGUCUCAGCAUGCAAAGCACCGUCGCCAUAUCUAUUUGAUCCCUACCAUAUAGGAUCUCCCUAUUUGAAGUCGUUUUGGGUUGUCGAACAAGGAAACAUCCAGCGAUUGGCCCCUAUCGGCUCAAUCGGCGAGUUGGUAGUUGGUGGUCCGACAUUGGCCCUUGGGUAUAUCGAAAGUGAAACAGCGUCAUCUGACUGCUUUUUUGUCAAUCCUGACUGGGCUGUGCCGAGCCCGAGAAGCAAUGAUCAGCGCUUCUUUGCGACCGGUGAUCUUGUGAGGAAUCUCGGGAACGAUGAGUAUGUCUUUUGUGGACGAAAAGAGGCAAACUAUGAUAUUACGGAGUUAGACGACAGCAAUGAGGGGUUCAUUGAAGAAGUGCCUCCUCUUAGCCUCCUUGGCUCGAAUGAAACAACCGGAGAAAUUAUAGAAGCAGCGGCAUCCGCCUGUGGAGUAAGCUUGGAUAUGAUUGAGGACAUCUACCCUGCCACCCCGAUGCAAGAGGGCUUGUUUGCUCUCUCCAACAAGCAACCAGGGGCCUUCAUGAAGCAAGAUAUCUUUGAAUUGCCUUCCGACAUAGACAUUGACCGGUUCCAAAAGGCUUGGCAAUCCACCACUCAGCAGUCUGCGACGCUGAGAACUAGGCUGUUCAUGACAGACUCUUUAAGGGUCUUGCAGGUUGUCGUCUCUCAGCCAUCGUCAUGUGAGGUAUUUUCCGACCUGGACUCAUAUGUGAAACGUGAUCUAGAGGACCUCAUGCUAUGGGGGGAACCUCUUUUUCGAUACGCUAUAUGCAGGACAAGUAACCAGAAAGCAUAUCUGGUCAUGACCAUGCAUCAUGCUCUUUUCGAUGGCUGGACACUUGACCUAAUAUUUGACCGUGUAAAGCAAAACUUUGAUGGAAGCCCAGCGAUGAUGAAAGCCUCAUUCAACUGCUUUGUCAGGUAUGUGCAAGAUUUAGAUCCCGACGAGAUGGAUCUCUUCUGGAAAACGCAGUUAGACGAUGCCAGCGCAACCGUCUUCCCAGUUUUACCGGCGGCGAACUAUCAGCCCAUUCCCAAUGAAACAUUCGAGCUGGAUAUUUCAUUUCAGCGAAACGGAGGCUCCUCUACUAUGCAAUCCACUCUCAUACAAGCCGCAUGGGCUUUGACAGUUGCGAAGUAUGCCGAUUCACAUGAUAUAACUUUCGGGUGGACGGUGUCCGGUCGGGCUGCACCAGUUUCAGGAAUCAUGGAAAUGAUGGGUCCAACAGUGGCUACUGUCCCACUCCGCCUGCAAAUGCAGAAGGACACAAAUCUGGGCGCCUUUUUACAGCAAGUGCAGAGGCAGUCGACGACGACAAUAGCCUAUGAGCAAGCUGGAAUGCACCGAAUCAAAAAACUGACAGCCGGAACACACAGAGCAUGCUCUUUCCAGACGGCGUUGAUAGUGCAGCCAAUGGAGAUCGCCAAUGGCUUAGAGGUUCUUGGGUGUCGACGUGUAAAUGACAUGCAUGACUCCUAUCAACCUUACGCUAUGAACGUCGAGGUUUCUUUGCAAAAGGAUGGGGCGGUCGUCGGCGUUUUGUUCGACAACAAUGUUAUUGAUAAAUCUCAAGUCAAGCGUGUCAUGAACACCUUCAACCAGACCCUGAGGGAGAUCGGUAUUGCGAGUUCGGAUCUCAUUCUCGACCAAUUUGUCAACGUCACUACCCAGGACAUAGAAGAGAUAAAAAGUUGGAACCAACUCCCCCCAUUAUCAGCUCAAGAAGCCGUGCACCAAGCUUUUGAGGAACAGGCUUCACGCAGCCCAAGCUCUCCAGCUGUAGCAUCUUGGGAUGGAGAUCUGACUUAUGCCAAUCUUGACUCUCUGUCCAACAGACUGGCAAACCACCUGCUAAAUUUGGGGGUUGACCUAGAGAUGAUCGUGCCGCUUCACUUUGAGAAGUCAAAGUGGGCAAUUGUCUCCAUUCUAGCUGUUCUCAAGGCUGGAGGAACUUGCCUAUCAUUCGAUGUGUCCCAUCCACCAGAUCGUCUUUGUGAAAUGGUGAAAAAAUCGAAUGCCAGCAUUAUGCUCGUCGGGAAAGCGCCGCCCUCCAAGGUCGCAGACUGUAUCGAUAUAAUGAUUUUUGUUGGUGAAGAACUCUUCGAGACGCUUGAUCAUCGCGAUCUCAUGCAGGUGAACGCUGUGACGCCACACAACCGUGCAUUCAUUGUGUUCACUUCUGGAUCAACAGGAAGUCCCAAAGGAAUCGAGCUCGAGCAUCAGGCUGCAUGCACCAGUUCACGCGCCUACGCAGCGGCGGUCGACAUUGGCCCUGGCUCACGUUGCCUUCAAUACUCCUCGUUUGCCUUUGAUGUCCAUAUUACCGAUAUAUUUGUGGCUCUGAUUUCCGGUGCAUGCUGCUGUAUCCCGUCGGAGGAGGAUCGUAUGAGCAACCUGGGACAGACAAUGAACGUGCUAGGUGUCAACCAUGUUGAUAUCACACCGACUGUAGCAAAUCUGCUCAUGCCCGAGGAAGUGCCUGAUCUGAGAAGCAUGGUCGUUGGUGGAGAGCCAGUGACCACAGAAACUGCUCGUCGCUGGGGCGAUUCAGUUACUCUCAUCAACAUGUAUAGUCAAUCGGAAACAUCAAACUGGGUUACUCAUAAUGUUGUUCUGUCGGACACACAGCAGCCAUCCAAUAUCGGGCUGGGAGGUGGUGUAUGUACCUGGAUUGUCGAUCAACACAGUGAAUCACGAUUGGCUCCAAUUGGCUGUAUUGGAGAAUUGUUUGUCGAGGGCCCUGUUUUGGCUCGUGGAUAUCUGAAUGAUUCCGAAAAGACAAAUUCGUCAUUUGUCAGUGAUCCCCCAUGGUUACCAACUGGGACAACGGCCGGAAGACGAAUGUACCGUACUGGUGACCUUGUUCGAUACAAUAGCAACGGGACUCUUGUUUAUGUCGGUCGACGGGAUGCACAGGUGAAGCUUCGCGGCCAGCGAUUGGAACUUGCGGAGGUGGAUCACAAAAUUAUAGAGAUGCCACAAGUCAAGGCAUGUCUGACAGUACUCCCUAAGGUCGGUUUGUGUCAAGGAAGAUGUGUUGCCGUCCUCUCUCUCCACGAUGUCGUCGGAGGUGGAUUGGGAGUAUUGCAAAUAGUUGGCACCUCUCAUCGCAUUAUGAUAUCUGCUGAGCUUGCUGCCAUUCGCGAUCAUCUGACGGAGUCACUAGCUAGGUGGAUGAUCCCAACAUUCUGGAUCGUGGUGAAUGAGUUGCCCACAAAUUCGAGCGGCAAGCUGGACCGCAAUAAGGCUCGGUCAUUUGUGGAGAAUCUGACAGAAGACGACUUUGAGCAAGCAUCUCAUCAUAUUUCAGAUAGCCACUUUGAAGCUCCCCAGACUUCUAUGGAGCUCUUUUUACAGAGUCUUUGGAGCUCUAUCCUAAAGAUUCCUUUAGACCAAAUUAGCGCCACGGCCUCGUUUUUGCGUCUUGGGGGAGAUUCAAUCACUGCUAUGAAGGCUGUGUCCAAAUGUCGGACAGAGGGCGUGGCUAUAUCAGUUCAUGACAUACUUGUUUGCAAGUCACUAUCAGAGCUUGCUCAUCUUGCAGACCCGUCAUCCACGCCAAUGUAUUCGACUGACCGGCUUGGACACGGGGAUGUCGCUGAUACCUCAGUUCAAAAUGAAUCGCCGCAGGAGACAGCCAUAUCUGACGACUUAUAUGAUACCAUCUUGGACCAGGCUUCUGUUAAGGCAGGAAAUGUUGAGAAAGCAGUGCUAGCUUCAGACUACCAAGUCUCAGCACUAGAGCAAACAUUACUCGACUUCCGCGGUGACCUGACAUACCACACAUUUGAGAUUCCGAAACCUGUGAACUUCACGCGCUUGGCCUUGUCGUGCGUGGAGCUUGUCAACUGUCAUCCACUUUUGCGCAGCGUCUUUGUUUCUCACAAACGCAAAGUGUACCAGGUUACCCUUAAGUCAAGCUUCGUGGAUUUGGUGGACCGAACCGACCAGCCUGAGCUUGCUAAGUUGAUUGAAGAUGACGGGAAGAUAAAACUGCGCCUUGGGCAACCUAUGGUUUGGUUCAAGCUCAUUCGAGGAGGCCCAUCAGAUGAGUGUGACUCUCUUGUGAUUCGAGUACCACAUUGCUUGUAUGAUGCAUCCACUCUGGCUUCCCUGGUCUCUGACCUAGAGCAAGCGUACUUCAGCACCAAUGCUCUUGAACAGCCAGUCAAAAGUUCAGAAUACACCGCCUAUCGAAAGCAAUCAUACCAGAAAGCUUUGACCUACUGGUCUCAGUAUCUCGAAGGCAGUACUGCGGAUCAAAUAGUCACAAAAUCGAGGCCCCCCUUCCGACAUGGAAAGCAGCGCACUCUAUCCUCAAAUUUCCACAUGGGUUCCCUGAAAUCACAUGGAAUAACAUCUGCAACGAUAGUAAAGGCUGCAUGGGGUUUCAUUCUAACCCAGCUCCAUGGAAAAGAUGACGUUGUCUUUGGUGAACUUGUGAGCGGUCGCUGUAUGGCUGUGUCAGGGAUUGAUUCCCUUGAUGUUGUCUGCGCAUCGACAGCUCCGCUACGAGUCAAGCUCAAGUCUUCAUGGACAGUGAUCGAGCUCCUGAAGAGCGUUCAAGAGCGGCAGCUCGCCAGCAUGCCAUUCGAGUUUGUGGGAGACUCCUCAAUAGUGAAGGAGUGUACAUCUUGGCCCGAGUGGACGCGUUUUGGCUCUGUGGUCAAUCAUAUCCCACUACCGGCAACGAAUUACACCGCGGGCAAGGCAUUUAAACCCACUGGCAUUCACGGGAAACUGAAUCCAAGCUCGGAUUUGAACAUUCAAUGUCAUCCUCUUCAUGUCACGUCGGAUUUAGAUGCCAACUUCCAAGUCGAGAUGACUUUUGACGAGAACAGCAUCCCUCCUGUAUUCGCGCGUGAAAUCCUCGACCGUUUCUGCAGGACCAUUCGCAAAUUUACCAGUGAUUUGACAUCAUCUCUGGCCAAUUUGAGAGAAGGUCCUAUUGACAGCUGGCCUUUGCCAGAUGGUUGCGAGAAUACGAGCAAGUCCGUGGAUCUCUCAGUUUCAAUUAAACCGACAGAAAAGGACGAGCGAUUAUCAAAGGUGGUGCAGUCGGUUUGGAAGUCGGUCAUUGGUCAGAGUGACGAACUGGAUACACCAUUUUUCGCCCACUGGGAGGCUCUCAUAGCUGCAGCGCAUUUCGUGGUGGCAUAUGAGCAAUUUGGCUUCAAAUUCACUAUGGAGGAUAUUUUGGAAUCUCCGACUAUGCAGAAUCAGAUACAUUUAUGCGCACGUCAAUCGGAUAGUGCUGCCUUUGGAUGUAUUGUUUAG